AUGAUGUCAGAUAUGAGUUCUGAUGAUUUCGAAAUGAUUGAAUCCGAAGACAUUGUCAAACAAAUGCUUGUGGAUGAAAAACCAGAUCUCGAGAAAAUCAGGAAAUGGCUGAAACCUACAGAUUACCUAGCAUCAUCCAGCGAGUUCAAUCGCCAUGCUUCAUCUAAAGCCCGCAAUACAGGGGAAUGGAUUCGAGAGACUUCACAAUUUAAUCAAUGGCAUUCAUCUGCUGACCAUGGGUCUAUUUGGAUCAAGGCGGUUCCGGGUGCAGGCAAGAGUGUCCUUGCAGCCUCAAUGGUUCAAUCGCUUUCGGCCAAUGAGUCCGUUCCCGUUCUCUUCUUUUUCUUCAGACAAAUUAUCGAAACAAAUCGCACUUCUCGUGGUAUAUUGCGAGAUUGGAUGUGCCAGCUUCUGCCCUUCAGCGAAGCCUUGCAAUUGAACCUGUUUGAGCAUGUGAAAAAUAAAGAGAGCCUGGAAAGUAUUACCACAGCACAUUUGUGGAAACACCUUUUGACUGGCCUAAGAAUGCUCAAACGAGUCUAUUGUAUCGCUGAUGCAUUAGAUGAGAUGAAUAUGGACGAGGAAUUCCUCUCUCAGCUUAAUGCCCUGGGAUCAUUUCGACCCGGUCAAGUCAAGGUUUUGUUGACCAGUCGACCAAAACAAUAUCUCCAACGAGUGUUCAAAGAUCCCCAAGUUAUUCACGUCAGUCUCGAGGAGGAACUUGUAAAACGUGAUAUAUCGAUUUUUGUUCGUCAGCGCGUAGAGCAAUUUGCUGAGGAUGGCAUCAAUGAGACGAUGCAAAGUUUUAUUCAAAACACUGUAUGCGAGCGGUCUGAAGGCCUUUUCUUAUAUGCCCGUCUGAUGCUUGAUCAAAUCGCUCAAUCUAUCAAGAAUAAAGAGCACAGUGAUGUUUCAAUACAAGAAAUGAUAGCGAAAUUGCCCGUAGGCCUUGAAGAGAUGUAUAACAGGGUACUUAUUGAUCAUGCUUCACUUACAAAGAUCCAUCGGGAUAUACAAAUCAUCAUUUUACAACUAAUUACUCAGUCGGCACGACCCAUGCGUCUGAUAGAAAUUGCCAAGGCUAUUCAAGACAAUCCUCACCUUGCCAAAAGUGGCAGAGACGCUAAAGAAAUUGUCAGGUCUGGCUGUGGUCCGCUUCUCGAAGUCAUGGAAGAUGGGGUUGUGCAAAUUUUGCAUCAUUCUUUUACAGAAUUUCUGUUGGAUUCUAAUCGAAUUACACACAAGUUAUUGAUAAAUUCUCAAUUCCCUGUUAUCGAACCGAGAAAUGCCCAUCGCGAGAUUGCGCUUCUAUGUAUCGGCCAGCUCCAAGGAGGUGCAUUUUCCUCAUACCCAAUCUCGUAUGAUGCAAAAAAUGGUAGAGGUAACACUAAGAAAUCCAAGCGACAGCUAUUUGACUUUGGUAAAUCAUUUAUACAAUAUCCAUUUGUUGAAUAUGCUGCAAAGAAAUGGACUUAUCAUGCCAAAAGAUACGACUGUGAAGAUGAAGGUUUCUAUGAGACGCUGGAAGACUUCUGUAAGCCUGAGAACCAGGCAUUUAAAGCUUGGUCAACGUUGGCCGGCCAGACGACGAAACCUGUCGCUAGCUCCGAGUUUCGGCGACAAUUUGAUCCAGCUCUAGCAUCAGAGAUGACUUCCCAUCUCCACGUAGCUUCUGGCUUCGGGUUCGGCUGUUGGGCACAAAGGCUGUUGGAAAAUGGCGCAGAUUGUGAGAUGCGAGAUAGUACUGAAAGAACACCUUUGUUUUGGGCAGCUAAAGGAGGGCAUACUGAAGUUGUGAAGAAAUUACUAGAUGCUGGUGCAGAGCCAGACGUCGACGGAUAUGAUGGUUUGAAGCCUCUUCACGUUGCAGCCUCAAACAACCACGCAGGAGUGGUUAAGCUCCUGCUUGGCGCUGGUGUUUCCCCUCUUACGCUUAGAACGAGACAUUUAGUAGGACGCUGUGGGAAACCAUUAUCAAAACUUGGUCAACACCCAUUGAUGCUCGCCAGUAGUGCCGGCCAUGUUGAAACAAUAGUAGAGAUGAUUUCAUACUGCGAAACAAAAGAGCUUGAAGCGGCUUUAUUACGAGCAGCUCAUCAUGGACAUCAUGCUUUAGUCUCCAUUAUUUUGGAAAAGACAGAUGUCUCUCCUAACGCACAAGUACUCGUGGAACAUGCUGACAUGGAAAUUUUAAGUGGACAGACUGUUCUCAUGGUAGCGACGAGUUCCCUUGAACCAAAAUCUGUAAAGGCCUUGAUUGAGAAAGGGGGGAUACCAAGCCUAGGUAGUGCAACCGCAACGAACGUUUGCUCAUAUAGUUUCAUCACGGGGAGGAGAAAUAUGAUUGGAUUAGCAGGUAGAACCCCACUGCACAGUCUUGCAAUGGCUACAAUGAAACAAGAGGAUCGACCUGCUGCGAAAGAAAUCUUAGAUAUGCUUUUGUUAGCAGGUGCUGAUCUUGAAGCCCGUGAUAACAACGGCGACACUCCUCUGCUACUUGCAGUUUCACCCAAAAGUCAUCGAUAUUCUCAAAUUGCCCUGGAGCUUUUACUCUCGGCUGGUGCUGAUCCAUGCACCAGGAACUUUGAUGACGGGACUUUGCUUCACCGAGCUUGUACAGAGCUCUCAUCGACUGACCUUGCCAAACAACUUUUGGCCUUCGGAGCAAACCCUAACCAAGCUCGAAUCUCGGAUGGAGUAACUCCAUUACACUGUGUGGUGGUUAACAGACAGAAGCCAGCCGAGCUCAUUGAAUUACUCGUCAAGCACGGUGCUGAUAUUAACGCCCAAGAUAUCAAUGGAGAUACUACCCUGCAUCAUGCUUGCAGAUCACGUUCAAUUAAACCAGGCAACCUAAUCCCUACCAUAUUGAGCUUUGAGCCUGAUGUUAAUAUCCAAAACAAUCUUGAUGAAACAUGUCUACACAAUAUAUAUAGUGAUUUAGAUCCAGAGCUGAUAGGCGCUAUAAUUGACACUGAUAUGAACAUAGAACUGUAUGACCGUAAAGGCAUGUCGGUCUUACUUAGAGCUGUCACUAGAUAUCCAUAUUCGAAUAUAAAAGUGGUAGAAGCACUUUUAAAGCAUCGAAAGAAGGCUUCUAUUUCUGCUCGAACAUGGCUGCAGGGAAAAACAGUAUUACAUUUAGCUUGUCACUUGCGCAACUCCGUUGAGCUUCUUAAGGUAUUGGUAAGUCAUGAGGCAGAUCUCAAUUGGACGGAUAGCAUGAAUGGCAACACUUUGCUGCAUGAAGUCGCAGCACGUUUCGAUGGAGGCUUAGAGGAUAUCGCCUUGAUCAAGUACCUGUGUGAAAGUGGGGUCUCAGUCAAUGCCAAAAACUAUCGACAACAGACUGCAGCACAUAUCAUGGGACCAGCCUAUGGCAAUGGGCAAAGAAUUUUGACCAUAGAUAUUAAACAGACUUUCAUAUCCGUCGUUCGUCGGCUGUGCCCUGAACUUGACGUCAACGUGAAAGAUAUGGAAGGUUACACGCCUCUUCACUACGCCUGUGCUACUUCAGAGUCUUCGGUAUUUGCUUUGAUAAUGGCUGGCGCCGACUUAAAUGCCAAGUCCUUCAAUCGACGCACGCUACUUCAUUGCGCUGCUCUGGGCCGGCAGUGUGGUAUCUUAUCAAUGAUACUCAACUAUGCUCAAAAAAAUGGUUCUACCAUCGAUAUCAACGCUCAAGAUAUGGAUGGUAUGACACCUCUUCAUUUUGCCUGCGUAUCAGGCAGACCAGAAUCCGUCAGUAUCUUGAUCUCAGCUGGUGCUGAUAUUGACAAGAAAACCAAGCGAGCAACUUCGGGGGCAACUCCACUAAUGGCAUGUGCCAUGUUUCCGGAGGAAGAUCAGAUCUGGAAAAUCCUGCAAAGGGGAAACUCUCCUGAUCUAAUCCUUCGAGAUCCUUUCAGGGUCCGCCCAAGCUCUUCUGACAUAAUGGGAUCAAUGGACAAAGAAACACAACAUAUCACGUGCCGUAUUGGUAUCAUCGCAAAAAUGCUUAUAAAGGCCGGAGCUGAUACUGCAAAUUCUAUUAUUUCGGCACGUUACACAAAAUGCGCGGAGCUAGUAUAUGUCAUAAGGGGAGAAAACUUUACGAAAAGCAAGAGUUUUGCAGAAAGUCAACUCAUGGCACCAAUCAUCAGUACUGAAAAAGCGCUGAAUGAUUGCACCUACGAAGAUAUCGACUGUAUGAAAAGCAAAGUCUGCGAUUUGAAUGAAAUAACUAUGGAAUGCAUGGUUGCGAGAGGAUUUGACUUCACUCGAGCGGACAACGUUCUGUUGAUGAGAGAUCUAGGACCGCCAAUCGCCCAGUUCGCGCACUAUGGUCUGACUGAAUUCAUGGACAAGAUAAUUUCCAGUGCAAAACUAUUCGAUGACCCACGCCAUACCGGUCCUAUUGCAGAUAGUUUUUCUGGUGGAUGGAGCGUUAUUCGACCACUACUGCACGUGGCCUGUGAGCGGCCGGUCUGGAAUAUGGAUAUGGUCAAACUUUUGAUUGAAAUAGGACAAGUGGAUAUAAACGCGCGUCAUGUGACAAAAAAGAGAAGUAUUGUUAAUAUGACUGAAGAAUUAAUUCAAGGACAAACAGCACUUCAUAUCUUAGCAAAAGGGGAUUCCUGGUGGCAAGUUGAGGCUAUUCAAUACUUGGGUGAACACGGUGCCGAAUUAGAUAUCUUAGAUGCGAAGGGUCGUACUCCUCUAGAAAUUGCAAGUACAUACCCUGAAAAUGGUUCGGCAGCAAGAGAAAACUUCUUCCGCACUCAAUGUUGUGAGGCGCUCCUUAAACUGGGAGCUAACCCCAAUAGAGUGAAUCCGGAAGGCCUCACAGCUCUCAACAAGGCCGGUUCCGAUGAAGAGACCAUUAGAACUCUACUAAAACACGGGGCAGAUGUUAAUAGAGGAACGAAAAGCGUUCUCAUAUCAGCCAUAGAAUACGGAGAUGUGAGGACUCUUCAGCUGUACCUCCAAAACGGAGUUGAUCCUAACGUGCCGGACAACUCAACAGACUCUAGUUACCGAUCUCGGUGUGCGACGGUCAAUGUGGCCAGGAAAUAUCCCAUCGUAGUGGCAGCAUUUCCAAAGGGUCCGAAAGCAUAUUCUGCUUCUAUAGCUGCAGAGAUGAUACGACUUCUACUGGAUCAUGGUGCUAGGGUUGAUUUGGCUGUCGAAGAGGGGGAAAGCAUUUUACACUAUCUUUUCGCAAAUGCCACGUCCUCAACCCUCCGUCCAUUUUUUGAAAGGCCAGGAAUAGAUAUGAACACUAGGGAUAAAUAUGGUCGAACAGCUCUCUUAUGUGCCAUUUCCAACUCCACUAAGAGGGAAGGUCAAUACCCACAUGUUACACCUUCUAAACUCGAAAAGCCACAACCACCAUACGUACCUCCCUAUUUACACCUAGUAAACUCGGCAACCCAUGGCCCCUCUCUCGAUUACUUGGCAGUUGAUAACGAAGGCCGUCACAUAAUCUUUUAUCUACUCUCCAAAUGGACCUCCGAAACGGCACCAUUAUUUCUUUCCAUUCCAGGUGUUCGUUCUCUUGUUACCCAAAAAGAUAAUGAGGGGUAUUCUCCCCUCCAUCGUGUUUUAUCAGACGGUUCUAUGCCUACAACUCUCACCGAUAUUGUCAGCAUCCUCGUAAAUGACGGGGGUGCUGAUCUUCUAGAGCCAGAUCCAACAUCCAAUACUGCGUUACACCAUCUAACCCGCAGACGUCCUUACACCAAGCCGGAGGAUUCCUUUCGAGUAAUGGAUCAAUUUCUCUCUUUAGGUGGGUUUAUAGACGCGCGGAAUGAUGCGGGCAUGACACCUUUACUGGUAUAUCUAGCUGGCGGAGGGGGCCAAUCUCGUUUACCGUGGUAUGAAGAGCAUGGUACGGACUUCAAGGCUACAAACAAUGAAGGAACAGGGGCUCUACAUUUUGUGGCGGCAAAUAAACCUGUUAUGCAUGCACUUUCAGAAAAUCGCAAAGAACAAAAAAAAGCAAGAGCAGAUUUGUUUGAGGCGUUAGUAAAGAAGUAUGGAUGUGAGGUGCUAGAUGAAGAUUCGAAGGGGAGAACGGCGUUGGAUAUUGCAGCUGCAGUGGGAAACGAGGAGAUUUUGAAAUUAUUCCAGAGGAGGAAAUAG